GCUGGUGCGUCGGAGCUCUUUGUCACCGCCAUGUCGGCCCUGGAGAAGCAGCUGCACCUCGGCCGCCUCCCGCCGCGGCCUCCGUUGCCCGGCGGCGGCGGCCAGUCCGGCUCCAAGAUGCGCAUGGGCCCUGGAAGGAAGAGAGACUUCUCCCCAGUGCCUUGGAGCCAGUACUUUGAAUCCAUGGAGGACGUGGUGGUGGAGAAUGAAACUGGCAAGGAUACUUUUAGAAUUUACAGGAGUGGGCUGGAGGGACCUGUGCUGCUGCUCUUGCAUGGAGGAGGCCACUCUGCUCUCUCCUGGGCUGUCUUCACUUCUGCCAUCAUCAACAGGAUCCAGUGCAGGAUUGUGGCCCUGGACCUGCGAGGCCACGGAGAAACAAAAGUGAGGAACCCUGAAGAUCUCUCUGCAGAGACCAUGGCCAGAGACAUUGGCAACGUGGUGGAAGCUCUGUAUGGGGACCUGCCCCCUCCCAUCAUGCUGAUUGGGCACAGCAUGGGGGGAGCCAUCGCGGUGCACACGGCGGUGGCCAACCUGGUGCCCAGCCUGCUGGGGCUCUGCAUGAUUGACGUCGUGGAAGGCACAGCCAUGGAUGCCCUCAACAGCAUGCAGAACUUCCUGAGGAGUCGUCCCAAGACCUUCAAGUCCCUGGAGAACGCCAUUGAGUGGAGUGUCAAAAGUGGACAAAUAAGAAACCUGGAGUCUGCCAGAGUGUCCAUGGUUGGCCAAGUCAAACAAUGUGAAGGGUCUGCAAGCCCUGAAUGCCCUAAAGCCAUAGUGGAAGGGAUUAUUGAGGAAGAGGAGGAGGAAGAGGAGGAGGAAGGGGGAGGCUGUGUCAACAAAAGGAAGAAAGAAGAUGACACAGAGACCAAGAAGGAGCAUUUGUACACCUGGAGGAUUGAGCUGGCCAAGACAGAGAAGUACUGGGAUGGGUGGUUCAGAGGCUUGUCCAACCUCUUCCUCAGCUGCCCCACUCCAAAGCUUUUGCUUUUAGCAGGUGUGGACAGGCUGGAUAAAGACCUGACAAUUGGACAGAUGCAAGGCAAGUUCCAGAUGCAGGUCCUGCCACAGUGUGGCCAUGCAGUGCAUGAGGAUGCUCCAGACAAGGUUGCUGAAGCUGUUGCCACCUUCCUGAUCCGUCACAGGUUUACAGAACCCCUCGGUGGAUUCCAGUGUGUCUUUCCUGCCUGUUAGGACCUUGGUGUCCCCCAGCACCGAGUCCUGUUGUACAUAAACUGCACCAGAGGCCACUGUGAUGUCCCUCCCCAGCAUCUCCUUCCAUCUCUCCAGCUCAGCAGCACUGAGAAGUUGGUGUCAGACUCAUCCCUUCCCCACCCCCCCCUUGCCCACUUAGAUCUUAGUCCUCCAGAACAUCCAAACUGCUUUAGGGACUUCCUUGUGCUGAAGACCAUGGGGAAAGCUCUUCAGGUCCCUUGGGAGGGAGCUCCUCUCAGCUGCCACCAAGGAAGACCUCCUGAAAUCCCAAGCCCUCCACCUCCAGCACUUCUCAGGCUUUCUGGGCCCCAUCCUUGGCAGCCCAGGCCCAGCAGGGGCACUGCAGGGGAUGGCCAAAGGCUUCAGGAUUCCUCCCUGGAACCACCUCAGUGGACCUCAACUUUGGCUUUUGGUUUGGUUCCCUACACUUCCCCCAAGCAGAGGAGGAGUUGGCUUCGGUGGGAGCUCAGGGCUCACCUCACCAGCUCCAACCUCCUGGAUGAAGCUGUGAGAAGAGCCCAGCAGCUUCUCUGCUCAGAGUUGGCUGAGACCCUGAGUCACAAAGGCAAGGGUGGGAGCCAUGAGCUCCAUCUCCAGAGUCCUGCAGCCUUCUUGAUGCUCCUUUCAAGCUCCCACUGAGGUAGAGCAGCCUGGAGUCGUCCAG